CCAAAUGUAAACAAAAGGUGCGCUUUCAGAAUAUUUUACGUGCAAUAAGUAUCUCCUGUUUUUGCAUUUGUUUUUAGUUUCGGAUAUGACGUUUUUUUAAAUAUGUAGUAGUUGAAUACGUUUUGCACAUCAUUAUAUAAAUUCUACCGAAACGCCGGUAACUAUGGCUUCCCCGUUACCCGGUCCCAGCCGAAGAUGUUCGUCUCGGCUUUCGCUAUCACGCAAUUUUGCUGGGUCAGCACUGAAAGCCGGAUACGCACGCUCCUCCGAGAAUAAAACACCGCCAAUGCGCUUGUCACAGCUGUAUUCGGAAGUGGAUACCAAAGAUAUAAUACAAACUCUUACCGAAAAUCCGUUUCGACUGACCGGGCUAACGCUUGCUGAAGAGGAUGAUCUGAUUUCCCUUGCUGCCGAUGCGGUCACGCUGUCCUCGGAAGCAUCCGAACUUGAGGGGGACAAAACACUGGUCAAAACCUCUUCGAUGUCGGUGGUAUCGAUUAGUAGCGGCAGCGAUAAAAAUAUUACCACUCCAAGAAAGAGCACUGUUGUUGAUUUUUUCACCCCUAUCAAAGUGCGGAAGAGUUCAAUCUACUCGGGGACAAUUACGGGUCCAUCAAAAUCAACCGCACGAAAGUCAACGAGUCGGUCGGAGCGUUACACUAAAACCGAACCGAAGAAAGCGCGGAGGCCAAUUUGUAGAACUACAAAUAUCAAAAUGUUGACCAAAAAGCAUUUCGAUGAGUCACAGAAACGAAUAACAAACUAUUUUAUCAAGACGGAGGAAAGCCCAGAUCGUGUGGGAUACCAUCGGGUGUUGAAAUCUUCGGCAAUGCCUGCAAUUAACACGGGAGAUGCGAAAAUUGAACAAUUUCUGGACAUAGAGUUAGAGUCAGGAGUUACUCCCCUACAACCUAGCCAAAUAGUGGGACCUUCAAUGAGUCAAGUUCCAAGCGAUCCUGUCAAAAUAAUGGAACGGAUAGAGGAAAUACAAAGCGCAAAUCACGACCAGCAAAAGGAGGAUUGGAACAUGGAAGCGAUGGAUGUGGCUGUCGCCAUUGUGCCAAUAGAUGCAAUCGACUCAGGUUAUUCGAAUGAUGGACCGUCGAGUAGCGAUUGCAAGGAACCGCAGAAAAAGUGCAAAACGCCAGCCGCGAGGAAGAGGAAGGCCGCUGCACAGAAGUGCUCAACGACAAAGAAGAAGGUGCCAGCAGCAAAAACGCCCGGCACCGUAAACCGGAAUAAGCGAAAAAUAAUUUGUCCAAAGUACAAAAUCAUUGCCGGGACGACAUUUGCGGUCGAUGCGUUCCGGUACGGAGAUAUUGAGGGUGUGUCACAUUACUUCCUUACGCAUUUUCAUGCCGAUCACUAUAUCGGAUUGAAGCGAAGCUUUGAUAAGCCGUUGAUAAUGUCAUCGAUAACGGCUCGACUGGUGAAGGCAUUUAUAAACGUGAACGAGGGGUUUUACCGCUUACUGGACUUGCAUGAAACCAUUGUUAUCGAUGAUGUGCGAAUUACGGCGCUGGAUGCCAAUCAUUGCCCUGGAGGGAUCAUGUUUUUGUUCCAGUUACCAAAUGGGACCAACAUUUUACAUACGGGAGAUUUUCGUGCCAGCUCGGAUAUGGAAGAGUACCCGGAGCUUUGGAACAUGGAUAUACACUGCAUUUAUUUGGACACUACGUACCUUUCGUCGAAGUAUGCUUUCAAGUCGCAGUGGGAAAGCAUUACCGUUGCAUGUGCUGAGGUUCGAUCCUACCUCAAGCGUAACAUAGGAGCCAGAGUGCUUAUAGUUUGCGGUGGAUACCUCAUUGGGAAGGAGAAAGUUUGGUGCGAGUUGGCAGCGCAGUUCAACCGCAAAGUGUGGACGGAACCAAACAGGCGGAAGGCGCUAACAGCUAUUGACGAUCCUCUCCAUCUGCAAUUUGUUGUAGAUGACCCGAAAGAUGCUGACAUACACGUACUUGCCAUGAACAAGCUUUCGUACGACGAAUUAGUCAAUUACGUGGACCAAUUUCCGGAUCGCUACGACAGUGUGCUGGCACUUCGUCCUAGCGGAUGGGAGAAAAACAGUCGACCUCAGUACAGGGGGAGAAUCAAUAUAGUCGGCGUUGAGUACUCGGAACACUCGAGUUUUGAUGAGCUGAAGCGAUUCGUUCGCUUCCUGCGACCAAAGGAAGUAAUUAGUACGGUACCUUAUGGCAAUUCAAAUCAAAAUCGUACCCCCCAAGUUCCUGUGAAUUGGUAUCAGGGAGAUAUACGUCCGGAACGACAGCCGUUGCAAAUGACAAUGACUUCGUUUGUAACAGUUGGCUCCAAAACUCCUGGUGCAAAGAAGGAAUGCAAAGCGACGAAAUCAAUUCCCGAAGAAGAUGACGAUGAUUGCACAAUAGUUUCGGAACCUAUUAAGGAAACUAUGAAAGAGAAGAGCAAGACAUCGCCUGAGGUAGAACCAGAUGAGAUGGCACAUUCCGAAAGCGGCGAAAACGGAGACUCCGAUAGUGACUGGUUGCCAUGAAACGGCUGUGAUGUUUUGUAUAGUAAUGUUUUUAAAACAGAGAUUUAUGUAAUAAAUACACUAAAAGUGCAUUGUUAA